GCCGACUCCAAGCCUGCGGGUGUGUGGUGUGCGCGGAGCUCGCCCGUCCCAGCGCCCGGAUCAGUGGGAGGCCGGCGGUCACACAGCUCCUCCCCCUCCCUCCUCCUGCGGCGCCGGGGCAGGCCAGGGUCGGGGCUACCAGACCGCCCGGAGCUGAACGUGCGCAAAGCGGGCGCGCAGCCCCCCGCCCCAGCGCCCCGCGGCCAGGGUGACGCGGUGACUGCGGGCGACAGAGCCCGCGGUGCAGGCAGCAGGCGGGAUCAUAAAGCCUUGUCCCGAUUCCCGCGAGCAGUUCACCGCGGCGUCCGAGGCUUUCUGGUGGACCUGCUGAAGCUGGUGAGAGAGCCCCGGACUUGGCCUUUUCUCGCCCUCUCUGCUACUCGUCGCAUACCGGCACUGAAUGUCACCCCCACCCUCGGCCAUUUGUGCAAGAACUCCGGUCACGGCUGAGGUGAUGAUGCUUUUCAUGGAAAUGGACCCUUCUUACUCAAGCCAUUGAGGGUGAAGGACUAGCAGAGUUGAGAAGGUUAAGCUGAAACGGCAGCUCAGCUUCGGAGAUGUUACCGUCCAAAUUGCAUGCGCUUUUCUGCCUCUGCACCUGCCUUGCACUGGUAUAUCCUUUUGACUGGCAAGACCUGAAUCCAGUUGCCUAUAUUGAAUCACCAGAAAGAUUCCAAUCCAUGCUCUCUUCAAGGAAAAACAGCUGGUGGAAAGAAGGCAUUGAAGGAUUUGAAGACUUGCCUGCAUGGGUCAGUAAGAUACAAGCUCUGAUGGCUGCUGCAAACAUUGGUCAAUCUAAAAUCCCCAGAGGAAAUGGAUCUUAUUCCGUCGGUUGCACAGACUUGAUGUUUGAUUACACUAAUAAGGGCACCUUCUUGCGUUUGUAUUAUCCAUCUCAAGAUGAUGAUCACUCUGACACCCUUUGGAUUCCAAACAAAGAAUAUUUUUUGGGUCUUAGUAAAUUUCUUGGAACACACUGGCUUAUGGGCAAAAUUAUGGGCUUAUUCUUCGGUUCAAUGACAACUCCUGCAGCCUGGAAUGCACCUCUGAGGACUGGGGAAAAAUACCCACUAAUUAUUUUUUCUCAUGGUCUUGGAGCAUUCAGGAUGAUUUAUUCUGCUAUUGGCAUUGAUCUGGCAUCCCACGGGUUUAUAGUUGCUGCUGUAGAACACAGAGAUGGUUCUGCAUCCUCGACAUACUAUUUCAAGGACCAGUCUGCUGCAGAAACAGGCAACAAGUCUUGGCUAUAUCUCAGAACCCUGAAGCGAGGAGAGGAGGAGUUUCCUUUACGAAAUGAGCAGUUACGGCAACGAGCAAAGGAAUGUUCUCAGGCUCUCAGUUUGAUUCUGGACAUUGAUCACGGGAGGCCAGUGACGAAUGUACUAGAUUUAGAGUUUGAUGUGGAACAGCUGAAGGACUCUAUUGAUAGGGAUAAAAUAGCAGUUAUUGGACAUUCUUUUGGUGGAGCCACAGUUAUUCAGACUCUUAGUGAAGACCAGAGAUUCAGGUGUGGCAUUGCUCUGGAUGCAUGGAUGUUUCCCGUGGGUGAUGAAGUAUAUUCCAGAAUUCCUCAACCCCUCUUUUUUAUCAACUCGGAACGAUUCCAAUACCCUUCUAAUAUCAUAAGAAUGAAAAAAUGCUUCUUACCUGAUAGAGAACGAAAAAUGAUUACAAUCAGGGGUUCAGUCCAUCAGAAUUUUGUUGACUUCACUUUUGCCACUGGCAAAAUAAUUGGCUACCUAUUCACACUGAAAGGAGACAUCGAUUCCAAUGUAGCCAUCAGCCUUAGCAACAAAGCUUCCUUAGCGUUCUUACAAAAACAUUUAGGACUUCAGAAAGAUUUUGAUCAGUGGGAUUCUUUAGUUGAAGGCGAAGAUCACAAUCUUAUUCCAGGGACCAACAUUAACACAACCAACCACCAAGCCACUCUGCAGAACUCCACAGGAAUAGAGAGACCAAAUUUAGAUUAAAAGAGCUUUUUAAAAAGUUUUAUUUACAAACUUGUCUAAAAGUGUGUGUGUGUGUGUGUAUGAUUUUAAUGUAUUUUCUCAAAUAGCUCAUAUUAAAAAAUGUAGGCUAUACCACA